UCAUUCUCCCUCAGCAAUCGCUGUAGUACAUCAUACAUAUGGACCCCUUAGUCACCUUGCCUGCUAACAUACACUCCCUCACCGCCCCAACUUCAUUAUGUCUUCCGCUACCACCAUUUAGGUUCCCCUUGUUUUACCCUCGUCUUCUCCUCCUUUCCCUGGUUCUUUUUUGAUUUUUCUCCUCUUCUACUUCAACUCUCUCUCUCUCUCACUUUCUCGCUUCCUCUCUACUAAUUCUCACCCCCUACCUACCAACCGGUCUGUAACUUCCUAUAUAACUUAUUGUCAAACCUUGUUUCUAGUUUAUUUGUAGUAUUAGUAGUAGUAGCAAAAGCCACGUGGAAAACUAAGCUUAAAAAAAUACUAAUAUAAACGUCUAUCGACAGGUUAUUUUGACAACUUUGGUUAUAUAUAUUUAUCUAUAUACAUAUACACACAUAUAUCCCUACGAAGAUCUGAGAAACUAAACAUCUAAAAAGUCCCUUGUAUGAGACUUUGAAGAUGGGGCUUAUCUGUGGCAGCCAGUCCCAGAAUUAUGAUAAUGCUAAAUGUAAAGAUUUGUCAGACAAUAAACCACAUUUCAAGCGUAACAACAUUGUGAUCAGUUUCAAAAAUAAUGUCACAGAAGAAUAUCAAAACUUCAACAUUAUAGAGAGUUUGAAGUUUGGGAAGUUAUGUGAACAUUCAAAAGAACACAUUUUGAUUGAUAAUAAAUACUUCUUGGUGUCUGAUCGACCUGUGGAUUUUGAAGGAAAACCGUUGAAAGAAUCUGCAAUAUUCAGUUCGUACUGGAAAGCUAAUCACCUGCCUUUGUAUGGAAUGGCUCAGCCAAACACUGCUAACCUGAAGAAAAUUCUAGAAAUGCUUUUGGCACACAGUAAACCAGUUUUGCUACUUAAUCUGAGAGAAGAACCAGUUUUUGUACUGGCAGUCAACCAACAUGCUGAAAAUGCUGUGUCUUAUUCAAUUCGGACAAAGGAAGAAGUGCAUGAUUGCAUUGUUACAGGAUUAACUGAGAAAGAGGCCAAUGAACAUGAACUGACACUUCGCAAACAGGUUUUAAGAUAUGCUGCGACAAGCGACAGCUUUGAUUUCCCCUUUUACAACUGCCCAGACGAAGAACCUUACAUUUACAAUGUACAGUAUGAAGAUUUCCUCAUUACAUCCAACGAAAUGUAUUCCAGGUUACAGUUUGAAUAUGCAGGUCUCAGGUAUUUCAGAUGGUGUAUGCCAUUAUACUCAGCAUUAUCAGAAGAACAAUUCGAUUCUUUCAUUUCAUUUAUGAAGCCAUAUGUCUUUGAUGUGAAGCAAACCUGCAUUAUUCCGGCUAUACUUAUUGCUAAGGACAAAAGAGAUGAGCGAUGUACAACUGCAAUGGUUAUGUGCAGUCUCCUCUAUGGAAACGUUUUUGGGUUUCCACAUGAAGCCAACUCUUCACCAGCCAAAAUCAAUCCAAAGAAGCCAUGCUAUGAAAAAGGAGAAUUCCAAGUAAUUAGAUCCUUGGUGUCUUUGGUACCAGAUGGUUUGUUGCGAAAACAACAGGUUGAUGUUAUAAUAGAUAUGUGUUGUGCUGAAGGACAAAAUCUACGAUUGUGUAUACUACAGGCUAAAAAUUUGGUUUCUAAACUGUUGGAAAACCAUCAAAUCAAAGAAUCUCAGGAGGCAACAAACAAAGCACUUCGGUAUUUAGAUCGUUAUUUCUACCUAAUUUGUUUUAAUGCAUAUCUUGCUGAACAGGCUCGUCAGGCAUUUAAUAUCAACUUUAGUGCAUGGAUGUUGAAACAUCCAAAUCUUUAUCGUAUCCAGGAACAACUGAAUCUGUUUCCCAAGAAGGGCCAAGCAUUGCUGAAUGAAUGCAUAAUGGUUGAAGACACUAUCAGUCAGGAAGACCGUUUGAGUUCAAUACAGAAUUUAAGUGUAGCUAACUUUCAAAAGGUCACUGGUCAUCUUCCUCUUUAUGGUAUGGCACAGCCUGUUUCUCAGGCUGUUAGCAAGGUCUUAGACCAUUUGACCAAUGUUAAAAUGCAUUCCCAUGUUAUCUUUAUCAACCUUCGUAAUGAUGUCAGUGUUGAAAUCCAUGGUAAACUGUAUUAUGUGAGUAAUACCAACGACCCAAACAAACAACCAAUCUAUUUUAAUGAGUUAUCAAAUUACAAUGAUAUAGAAUCUUUAUUCAAUGUGGAAUCAUUCAGGAAACAAUUGAAAUUCCACAAAGAUGUCAAUAAUUCAGAAACACCUGAUUUGAUUGAGAUGAUGACAACAAAAGAUGUAUUUAGAAUGACUGAAGGCAGUUUUCCAAACCAGCUUUAUUAUCAUGUGCCAAUACCUUUAAAUUAUUUAUCAAAUGAAAAUAUAUUUGAUUCUUUGCUUGAAGUUUUCAUCAACGUAGAGCGCAAGUACAAAGACAACAGCAACCUAAGGAAAUCCAUUGAAGUUUCUCAUCGCUCAAGUACUGGCGCCGUUUUCAGUAAAAGCCACAGCAACAAGAAUACCUGCAGAACAAGUAAUAAUAGCAGUGUCAGUAGCAUACUUUUCAACCCUGCCUACUGUUUCUUUUGCCCCAGUGGAAUUGAACGAACCACUUUUGCCAUGGCAGUGGCUUGUCUCUAUAUGUACCAAAAAGUUGGUUUCCCACCUGGAACUCUCCCUGGAGAGCAGGAACGAAUUUCACUCCAUGAUGCUGAGCAGUCAAUGGGAAACUUUCCGAUUGUUAGACGUUUGGUGGCGUUGUUACCAGAUGGCUAUCAAAUAAAACGAGAAGUUGACUUCGUACUUGAUAAUCUAUUUGAAAUGAUGAGUACAACACACUUUCACAUGAGGGAGAUGAUCCUGGCCACAUACAAUCUGGCACGGAAAACUUCGGAGGCAGAAACAAAGAAAAAUUUUUACUGCCAAAGUAUUUUAUUACUUGAACGCUACAUAUAUUUGAUUCUCUUCAACUCUUACUUGAACUUAGAGAAAAACCCACUACAGAAAUCUUUUUGUCAGUGGAUGAAUGCUGAUGCUCAAACAGUUGGUGUUCAUGAUGUUUUGGAUAAUCUACAUAUUUCUGAGACAGAGUUUGGUCACAUCAAAAUAAACACCCUGCGUGAUCGGUGGCGCUAUUUGAAUGAACAUAAAACUGGAGACAUAUUAUAAGAAAAUUUCUUAGAGGACAUUUUAAAAUUUCAGUUUUUUUUUUUUCAUUAAAACUAUUAAUUACAUGCAGAUAUUUGCACUGUCUUACACUUCUUAAACCAAACCAAAUAUUUCUUUUCCACACAGUUUUUUUUUGUUGUAAAUGACAUUCAUCUUAAACAGACAUCUUUGGAAAAAACAAAAAACAAAAAAAAACAACAGUAUUAUUGCUUCAAAAAAAAAAAAAGGAAAAAAGAAAAAUAUCAAAAAGAUAAAGAAAGCUGUCAUGAUGAACUUGUUACUUUGUCUAUUCUGUGUACUUAUAUUUUUUAAUUUUGUACUUGGUGUUUCAGAACCAUUGAAAUGUCUAUUCACUGACACUGGGGUGGUUAUCUAAUGCUUUCAUUCAUCGUCACUGUGUCUAUGGAUAUACUAUGCUAUAUACUUUUAUGUGUGUACAUGACAUAUCAAUAGGCAGACUGUCAGGUAUGUAGAUAGAUAGUUAGAUGGGUGAAUGGGAAUGAUUUGUCAUUGUGCUCACUUGCAUAAAUUAAAAAGUCACAUCAUUUACUAGAGUAUAUCUUUAUGUCUUUGUUAUGUCUGUCUGUCUGUCUGUAUGUAUAUAUGUAUGUAUGUAUGUAUGUAUCUAUCUAUCUAUCUAUCUAUCUAUCUAUCUAUCUAUUCUGGAGUAUUGACAUUUCAGCGCUAGACAAUUGAGUGCAUAGACUAUUAAGUUCAUGUAAUAUAUGUAAUUUAUUACUACAUUAUAUUGGUGUUGGUUGUAUAUCUAAAAUACAUGCACAUGCAACCUACAAACACAGCAGUCAUAAAUGAGAUUAACUAUACAUAAGCAAAAAACAUACAUAUACAUGAAACAAACACCAGCAAAAAAACAUAAAUAUAUAUAUACAUGCCCAUACAAAAUGGUAACUACACUUUUUGAAUCUCCUAUGAAAAUUUAACUAGCUAAAUACUGGUUCAAAGUAGUUACUAUGUAUUUAUUGCUUUUUAUCUUUACAUGUUUUUAAAUAAUUGAAAUUUUUCCUCUUAUGUUUUUUUCAUCCCAAAAAUAACCAGUACCUAAGUUCAAUAAGAUGCCCUCUGCUGAAUUGUCUAUGCACUGAAUUAACUAGUGCUGAAUUGUUGGUGCUGAAUUGUCACGUCAUGAUCUAUGCCUCUACCUACCUAUCUACUAAGCUUGUAACCAAGCUGUCUAUUUGUUUCUCUAUCUAUCUAUUUACCUUCCUAACUAUGCAGCAACCUAUUUAUCUAUUUGUCUAUUUGUGGUUUUAACUGAAACACAAAUUAUAAGAUCAGGUCAGACACAAAGAAUUAUUGAACAUAAACUUGCAUUAUCUCACAAUUAUACACACUAUAAAAUAUAUACAUACCUUUAUACACCUUCACCAAAAUUAAACAAAUGCUAUCUAUUAAAAAAAAAAGACACCAAAUGAAGAGUGGUAAAUAAUAACUAAAUCUCAAUUUAAAUCCCAAGUUUCACCUUCAAACAAAUAGUGAAGACUUUACACAGAUACAGAAAAGUUGAACUUGGUGAAGAAUUGAGGCAGUUGAAACAGGGUCAACUUCAUAAUCAAAUGGUUGGAAGUAAAAACAAGGCCCUAUAAAAUGAAUUGUGUAAAAUGGAUGUAAAAUAGAUAAAACAAAUUCCAUUCCUUUGUUUUCAUUUCAUUUGCUAUAAUUUCAUAUUCAGAUAAAACACAUUUCUCAUCAGAAAAUGAUCUGUUUAAAAA